AUGGUUCCUUUCCAACCGGAUCAGGAUGUCGUCGACACCUAUCCUACGUACCGCCUGAGCGAGAAGGAUCGGGGCAUCACCGCGCAAUGCGUCGAGAAGCUCCUGAACGGCUGCAACAAGCUAUGGGGCGGCAUCGUGGGCACCUGCAAGGAGGCCGUGCGUGCUACUCUGCAAUCAUCUACCGCGUGCGACUUCUAA